GAGAACUGAACUUUGGGGUGCACUUAGAUUUAGGCCCGGCUCCCUGAUGUGAAAGCCCCCUUGAGUAAUAUCUGUGUUCAUGCACAGUGGUGUCAGUUCCAUGUUGGUUUCAUCUGCCUAAUGCAGCUGAGCUGAGGACAGUUUUUCUUUCCUCUUUGUAUAUCACAGUCUCUUUCAUGACACUUGAUAAGUCAUCCAAAUUUGCAAACCUGUGGACCUUUGUAGCCAAUGGGGUUGUGUUGAUAAACCUUUAUGAGGUGAUUGGUGGCUCAGAGGCCAACAGGACAGUGUGAACAGAUUUAAAAAGGUGCCACUGUAGAACCAGGAGGGCAGUCAUUGGAAGAGAUGGGUGGCAUAACACGUCUUCUCCUUUUGCUGUGGGCCGGUGUCACAGUGAGCACAGCGAUGGAUCUGCAUAAGAGAAUCAUUGGAGGUCGUGAGUGUCCUCACAAUGAACGUCUGUACCAUGUCAAAAUAACUGAUGACGCUGAUGAUAUACUCUGUGGUGGAUCUCUAAUCAGUAACCAGUGGUUUCUGACUGCAGCUCACUGCUUACAGGACUCUAUGACAGUAUUUUUAGGUGCGCACCCAGGUCCAGAAAGAGAAGUGCAGAUCACAACACAUGAGAUCUUUAGGGACAACCGGGACAGACCUCAUGACAUCAUGCUGGUGAGACUAUCUCACCCCACUAACAUUAUCCCAGUACGACUUCCUGACUGUGCACAUCGUCCCAAUAUAGGUGAUACCGUUCAGAUUGCAGGUCAUGGACCCACAGCUGCAGGCCCACAAGGUGAAAGAGAUUAUAUAUACCUUGACGAACACGUUGAGUCAAGUACCCUCCAGUGUGCAGACACCACGGUUGUCGACUGUCAGCGUGUCAGAGACCUGGUUGGGUACAUUGACCCAGACAAACUGUAUCAGCACUUGAUCUGUGGCCAAAGGCAUGGAGUGGAUACAUGUCCAGGUGACUCUGGUGGAGGAGUGGUGUACAAUGGCAUGAUUUACGGUGUCAUUUCUUUCGGUGUCAAACUAGCCCCUGCCUGUGUUGACACAGAUGGAUAUAUGGACGUCUGUGCAUACAAGGAUUGGAUCGAAAGCAAAACUGGCAGUAUCUUCACUAAAAUUGCCAAAGCAUUGUCAUGUGUUGGGUGUCCUAAACUGUAAAAUGUCCUGCCAUUUAACAGACAUUUCCAUCGAUUGGUUCACAUUAAAUGUUCAGCUGUUACUUGUAAAACCCUUUAACCCUUUAAAACCUGAGCAAAUUGGCUUGAUGUCUUUUAAAAACAUGGGAAGAGGGCAGUGAGCAACAAAAGAAGAAAUUUGCAAGAAAUUAGUAAAAAAAAAAAAAAAAAAUUAAAAAGAAAAUUAGUUUUAAAAAAGUUAAAAUAACAUGGAAAGAGUGCUUAAAAAUAUUAUAUUUCUGAAAAAUGUAAUAAUAAUAAUUAUAAAUAUUGUUUCCCCAAAGCUUUUUUCCGUAGUUUUAAAAAAAUGUAUUCAUUAUUAUUAUUAUUAUUAUUAUUAUUAUUAUUGCAAAAUAAUUUUCUAAAUCUUUUUUGUUUUGUUCUGCAAUUUGUGGGACAUUUCCAACCAAAAUGCCCAUUGCCGUUUUCCCAUAUUUUUUAAAGAAAUUGCACCAAUCUGCUCAGGGUUCAAAGGUUCCAAUAUUUGUGAAAGGCAAACAAGGAAAGUGAUGUCACCCAAGGUUUCAAAGGGUUAAGACAAAAAAUGUCAUGACUCUGCAACAUAGCUUCACAAGGUAGUGUCUAAGUUUCUAAUUCAACAGAUUUUCUAUGUUAUCAUACACUGUGUAGAAAAUCCUCAAAGGGACAAACGCUAUAGUCUGCUGCUUUUUAAACAAUGCUGAUAAAAAUGAUAAAUGACUCUUCUCUCACAAGAUUGUGUCUGUUAAAAUAAAAUUACAAUGCAUCACAGUCAUUGUUUAACAGGUUGCUGUUGUUUGUAUUAUUGAUCCUCAAAAAAACACAAGAGUACCCAGCUGCAGACAAGAUGGCGGACAAGGGCACUGCCAUAUAUCCAAUCCAUACUGGAAGUCCAUACCGGACAUUAAUCUUCUUCGUGUCUACGAUACUGGAAGUCCAUACCGGAAGUCAGUUUUUUGUAGUUUUUUUCCCCAGAAGUUGAUUUUUAAGUCCGUCUUUUUUAUAUUAUUUAUUUU